AUGUCGAGGAUCAAGAAAGAGGAUGCUGGCCUCAUGGAUCAAGACCGGACAGCCAAUGGCAUCCUGAGAAAAGCGGAGACAACAGUGCAGGAAUUGGCGUUCUAUUUUCCUAAGGCUUCCCCUAAUCCAUCUGCUGAAGCAUCCUUAACAAGGAAGAGAAUUUUCUUCAAGGGGAAAAGGCGCCCAGGAUGCAUAUCGAGAUGGAUUAGGGCGAGCUCGAAUCUCCGUUGUUUCGGCCCAGUGGUUCGAGUCGCUUUGAUGCCUUCCCGAGACCUGAUACUAGCUGGCACAUCGGACUCAGAUGAGUUCGUUCCUUUUGCUUACGUGACGUUUGACCACAGUGCAGAUGCGCAGAUCGUCGUGAAACAUGACGCCAUGCACACGAUAAUUCGUGGAGAUACUGAAG